AUGGCCGGCGGCGCGCUGCCCCGCUCGCUGCUGCUCACCUGCUGCCUGGCGGCCGCCCUGGGCGGCCCGGCGCGCCCGCUGGAGGGCCCGGCCCCGGCGCCCGCCCCGCCCGGCCCGCCCGGCCCCGGGAGCCCGGCGCCCGAGGGCUGCGAGCCCGGCCCGCCUGGGCCCGGGGCGCGGGGGACCUGCAGGCGCGGCCCCGCCACGGACGCCGCCACGGAGCCGCCGGACGAGUACGCGUACCCCGACUACCGCGGCAAGGGCUGCGUGGACGAGAGCGGCUUCGUGUUCGCCAUCGGCGAGCGGUUCGCGCCCGGGCCGGCCGCCUGCCCCUGCCUGUGCACCGAGGAGGGCCCGCUGUGCGCGCCGCCCGCCUGCCCGCGCCUGCCGCCCCGCUGCGCGCGCGUGGACGCCAGCCGCUGCUGCCCGCGCUGCCGCGAGCGCCGCGCCCGCUGCCAGUUCCGCGGCCGCACCUACCGGCUCCUGGAGGAGUUCGCGGUGUCCCCGUGCGAGCGCUGCCGCUGCGAGGCCAGCGGGGAGGUGCUGUGCUCCGUGUCCGAGUGCCCGCAGACCGAGUGCGUGGACCCCGUGUACGAGCCUGACCAGUGCUGCCCCAUCUGCAAGAACGGCCCCAACUGCUUCGCAGAGACCGCCGUGAUCCCCGCGGGGCGCGAGGUGAAGACGGACGAGUGCACCGUCUGCCACUGCACGUACGAGGAGGGCACGUGGCGGGUGGAGCGCCAGGCCAUGUGCACGCGGCAUGAGUGCCGGCAGCGGUAGGCCGGCCGGACGCCGCCCCUCCGGACGCCUCCCCGACGGAACAUUCCGGAGGACUCCGGAAGUGCCGCCCACAAGGAGACUUCCAACGAGGAGCAAUGGGGAACUGUCGGUACUUUUUGCUUUUCUUGGUAACAGUGACUGCAAGAGAAGGAAGUGGAUAUAUUUCAAAACAUCACUGAGAACUUUGGGCGUGAAGCCCUCUCUCAAUAAACGUGCUAUUUUCAGAGCAA